AUGUCUACUGCUACUCAAAAGAAGAGAACUUUCAGAACCUACUCCUACAAAGGUGUUGAUUUGGAAAAAUUGUUGGACAUGCCAACUGAAGAAUUCGUCAAAUUGGCCUCUGCUAGAGUUAGAAGAAGAUAUGCUCGUGGUUUGUCCCAUAAGCCAGCCGGUUUCAUGAAGAAAUUGAGAGCUGCUAAGUUGGCUGCUCCAGAAAAUGAAAAGCCAGCUGCUGUCAGAACUCAUUUAAGAAACAUGAUUGUUGUUCCAGAAAUGAUCGGUUCUGUUGUUGGUAUUUACAACGGUAAGGUCUUCAACCAAGUUGAAAUCAAACCAGAAAUGGUCGGUCACUACUUGGGUGAAUUCUCUAUCACUUACACUCCAGUUAGACACGGUAGAGCUGGUGCCACCACUUCUCGUUUCAUUCCUUUGAAAUAA